GACGUCAAUACCCACGUGGGCGCUCUGUCGGUGCUGUGCGUGGUUCUGUGUCUGAGCACGGCCCUGCUCGUCUGUCUGCCUUGGCUGGCCACAGUGAGGCGCUGUGGGGGGGCCCUGGCACUCUUUGUGUGGGGGACGCUGUACACCACGGCCAUAGUCUUCAUCUUCACCGGAGGACCUGUCACCACGUGGGAGCAGGUGGCGUUUUUCCUCUUCCUCUCCCUGAGCGUCUACACGGUGCUGCCUCUCUCUCUGGCCUGGGCCCUCAUGGUCGGGAUCGGCACCAGCGUCUCACACAUCGUCAUCAUCAGUGUCUACGUCCCUGUCAGAAGCCCCGAGACUCCGAGCCUGGCUGUGCAGCUGGUGGCGAACGCCGUCCUGUUCGUGUGUGUGAACUGCAUCGGGUUCUUCCACCUGUGGACGACCGAGCACGACCUCAGGAUCUCCAAUCAGAAGAGGGAGGGGUUCAGCGCCAUACGCUCCAAGAAGGAAAUAAGGAAAUAUCAGCAG